AUAGUCUCCAGGGCACAGGCUGCUCCAUGGCAACGGCACCACUGAUAGGAAAAGUUGAGAUUUAAUAUUUUUUAACCUUUAAUAAAAGGAGAAAAUGACGAGUUUCUUUCAGAGUUUAACACCAGAAAUAGAAGCGUUCUCUUAAAUCAAAAUGCCAGCAACAAAAGUUAUCAAACAAUCCGCGGUGGAGGCUUCGAGAACCGUAGAGAGGACGAAAGGUGUCAAAGUAAAGGCGGUAAACGGAGCGCAGAGUGAACUCCGAGUGCCCGCGGUGCGUAAAAGCCGCGCGUCAAGCUGCUCCAGAUUUGAGGAGGGGGCCACCGCAGCGAGGAGAACGACCCUCAAACUGAGCCGUGAACGGAGGGCCAGGUCCAGCUCUAACACCCCAAGAAAUAACCAGGACUGCCGGAAGACGACCAGCUCUGCGAGGAGCAACAAUGUGAGCCAGAGAUGUCAGAAGAUGAACCCGUGUCAGAGGGAGCAGAGGGCGGUCAGAAAGGAGGCCAAGCAGGCUAUUCAAAAUUACAAAGCUUUUACCGUCAUCCCCCCGAACCCAAAGAAAAGAAGAGAGAUCCAGAGAAAGGCGGAGGCGGAGCUUGCUGCUUUAGAGGAGUUAAGGCUGAGCAGAGCAAUGGCGUACGUCUCAAUUAACCCCAGCACUGUUGGUGGCUGCAUGAGUCUGGAGGAAGUACGGUUGAAGCAGCAGCAGGAAAUGAUGAAAGCAAAGAGGAAACCAAAACCGAUAAAGACACUGGUGAUGGAGGAAACACCAGUCCUGGAAAUCUGAGCGUGAUCUUCCCUACUACAGUUUUUUCUUCUUUUUUUCAACAGAAAUCUGACAUUGUUAGACACUGGAUCAGAACCAAAAUACAAGAUAAAGUUCAGCAUAACUUUUUUAGCAAAAAUCCUAACUUUACAUUUGAAGCCUAACUCUGCUCAUGUUUAUUUUAAUAUUUAAGGACAUUUUAUACAUAAUCCUUUAGUAUAUAAUGUGCUUUAUAAAUCAAAAUGAACUUAUUUGUAUUUUAAGAUAUUUUGUUCUAUCAGAAUCUUAUUAAACAGCCCCAUUGUAAUGUACAGAAACACAAUGAAAAGUCAGACAAAACAGCAAAAGUAGAACCUUUAUUUGUGUCAAUUCUGGCCUUUGCUUGCACAGUCAGCUCAUACUCUUCAGUCUUUCAUAAAGCUCAUAAAAAAGAGGACUGUGUAGAUAUAAAAUGGUGUUAAUGUGCUGCCAUGGUUUGGUUCAGUACUGAUGAAAUAAAUCAAAUUUUGAUAACA